AUGUCAGAAAAGACAAUCGUGGUGAUCACUGGUGCGAACACCGGCAUUGGAUACGAAGCCGUCAAGGCCUUUUUGACAGCCUCACAACCAUAUCACAUCUUUGUGGGAGGGCGUAGCCCAGAGAAAGUCGAAUCUGCCAUCAAAAGUUUUGGCGAUACAGGAAUCCACACUUUGGUCCCGUUCCAACUCGACCUUCUAUCUGAUGACUCGAUCGCAGCUGCGUAUGCAAAAAUCAGCGCCGAAGUUGACCACAUUGAUGUUCUUAUCAAUAAUGCUGGAUCCGCCUCUAAUACUCCAACUACUCGUGCAACUCUAAUUCAAGAUUAUAACGUCAAUGUCGCCGGAACUUAUGUCGUAACUGACACUUUUCUUCCACUGCUGAUCAAAUCCUCAAAUCCACGCCUUCUUUUCCUUACUAGCGGUUUGUCAUCUCAAGAAGAAGCUGGGCAGAAGGAUAGCCCUCGCUAUCACAACCCACCUGCUGGCUGGCCGAAACCCCCAGCUCCAGCGUUUUUGAGUUACAGAGCGAGCAAAACGGCGUUGAACAUGGUGAUGAUAGACUUCGACAGAUUGUUAAAGAACGAUGGAGUAAAAGUCUGGUGCAUUUCACCCGGCAUACUCGCAACGAAUCUGGGUGGGAACCCGGAGGCUCUCAAGAAAAUGGGGGCUGAAGACCCUUAUCUCGGUGGGUUAUUUAUCAAGGGCGUUGUCGAGGGAGCAAGAGACAGUGAUACUGGAAAGGUGAUCAGGCGACACGAAGUGCAACUUUGGUAA